AAGGAUUUCUAAGAGUAUUAAAGUUAUAAUUCUUGCGGAAUCGUGAAUUUCUAAUGUUCUCGCAUUUUAUUUUAUUUCUUGUUUUAGUAUAUGUGUACAUGUAAGAGUCAUGCAUUUAAUAUAAAAAUUCACUUUUCAGAAAGACAUGGAGGCCAGGAUGAGAAAAUGUCUUCACAAUGCCAAUAGGCCUUGCUCUGAUUUCAAAAAAAAUGAAUUAACAAGAGUAAGUGUAACUGAAGCUUGUGAUCAGAUGCGAAAGGAAAUGGAAAAAAUUGAUAGAAGACAUAAUAUUACUUUACUAAAAACUUGGUUGAAUUUCACACGAUGUUCAAGAAAUAGUGAAACCAGUAAGUGUACAGCGAAAGAGAUUCUUGAAAAAUACCCAGCCUUAAAAAAGAAUAUCUUGCUCUUUUGGGAAUUCGGGAACCUUGUCAACAUGAGUGAAAAUUUGUUAAAGAAAAAUUGGUUGGAGGCAUUGCCAAAAGUAUGUUUUCUAUUUAUGACGGAAGAAGAUUUAUUAAAAUUAAAUCCUGAUGGACAAGCUCUAAGCUUGAUCGAGAUUCUCCCUCAGAUAUUGCCCAGCAAGGAAAAGACAGAAAAAGUCUUUUGAAAGUCUAUGAAGCCGGUACUCCAAUAUUGUCUACAGUGCCGGAAACCAAUACUGAGCCUUAUUUAACCGGGAUUGGAACGACAGCAUAUACCAACCUUCAGUUGAUGUGUUAUGUUGACGCGGAACCACACUGAGAAAAAUAAAAGAUUAAAUAUAACCAAGUUUUAGUUAAAAACAACCGAGCGAUGCUGCUAAUAUAGCACUUGCAAUGUGAAUUGUUUGCAGUAACCGAUCGAAUACGAUUAAAAAUUUCGGUAGAAACUAGUUAAGACUACUCGGGUACGGUAGCUUCUUUCUCUGUUACUGUAACUAACAGUUUAUGAUUAAUGCUCGGUAAACGUUAGUUAACUUACUCGGUUAUACUGUAGCCACCUAAAAAGGCUACAGUAAUAAUAUAAACUUGAAUAUUGUAGUCAAUUAGCUCUGUUAUAAUAAAGAAACCGAUUAAUUAAUUUUAAA